UGCAUUGGAGAGGAGGUACUGCGAAAGCUCAUUGCUGUGUUGUCAGCUCUUGGGAAGAGGAGGUCAAGCUGCGUGGGUCUUUCUCUCUCUCGAAAGACCCCCUGCUCUUCCAGGCGACCGACAUCAGAGGGAGACGAGGAAGGCCUUCCUUCCGUGUGCAUUGGAAAGUAAGCAGCACGGUGAGGGAAGGGAGCGGAGAACUGGACCCGCCUGCUUCCAGCGAAAAGUGCUCCAGAUGGAAAGGGUCACAUAAAUCAAUAGUUAUGUGUAUGUGUGCCUAUUGACUCAUAUUACACCCACCUGGAAUCCCAACAUGACCCCUGUGGCUGGCUGGGGAAUUCUGUCCACACAGCUUGAACUUGCCAAGAACUGUUGCUGUCACGUCUGGUUCUGACGUAAUAUAUCUGUCCUGCCCUGCUGGAGAGGGCUGCUGAGCUGGAGAGAUGAAUGUGGGCACGGCUCAUAGUGAAGUGAACCCAAAUACCCGAGUCAUGAACAGCCGUGGCAUCUGGCUCUCCUACGUCUUGGGAAUUGGCCUUCUGCAUGUGAUCUUGCUCAGCAUUCCUUUCUUCAGUGUCCCUGUAGUCUGGACUCUAACCAACCUUAUUCACAACAUGAGUAUGUACAUUUUCUUACACACUGUGAAAGGAACACCAUUUGAGACCCCCGAUCAGGGGAAGGCCCGGCUGCUUACUCACUGGGAACAGAUGGACUACGGAGUGCAGUUCACAGCUUCUCGCAAGUUCCUGACUAUCACACCAAUUGUACUUUAUUUCCUUACCAGUUUCUACACAAAAUACGACCGGGUACAUUUCAUCAUCAACACCAUCUCUCUGAUGAGCGUCUUGAUCCCCAAGUUGCCCCAGCUGCAUGGCGUCCGUAUCUUUGGAAUCAACAAGUACUGAGUUCGGGUGGGGGGGUCUUUUCUCUCCCCUCCCCAUUUUUCCAGCGAGCUAUGAGACACCAGAGUGAGAACCCCACUUUCUUUGCUCUGGCUGCACCUGCAGGCUAGGAGUGCAGGACAGCUCUUCUCUUCAAUGGGCACAUCUUGCACAGGAUUGCAAAAACCAGCGAAACAUAACCAGCUCUGAGCUUUCAAAGAGACAAGAGGAAGCUGAAACUUACUAUAAUUACUCUUGUCGUUAUUCCUUCUUCUUGAGAAUCUGAAAAUAGAUGCAGGCAACACUGCAAUGUAGAAGGUACUCACCAUUUGUUCUCUGGUAGGAAUGAAUUCUGGCUCAGAAAGUUAAACAAUAAAAGCCUGAUUCAAGGUGACAUUGAUUUA